AAUGUCACGAACCGUCGGACCCGGUCGGUAAAAACACAAUGUGACGUGGCUAAUCGUCGGACGAAAGAAACCAGAAACUGUAAAUCCCUAAACUCUUUACUGGAGAACUCAAAGGAGUUGACAGUGUACAGACACACGUGCGAACCCAAAUAAAGAAGAUAAACCCUCCGCGUUGUUGACUUAUGGGAGUGGUUAGCAGGCUAGGGGGACGUUAGCCGCUAGCAUCGGGACUUUGAGAGGCAUGCACUGAGACGUGGGGAUGUCGGACAGCGAAGUGACAGCCGGAGGGGCUCCGGAGGUGGCGCCCGAGAUGCAGAAGGACCCCCACGCAGAGACGCCCGACAGCUCCCCGCCGCCCGUCCCUGACAACUCCACCGACGUGGCCCCGACGAGGAAGGCCAGGAGGAGACCAGACGUCGACCCGGCGGCCGAAGAGCAGGAGAUCCCCAAAGAGGAGGAGCAGCAUGCGAAGGCACCGACACCGAGUGAGUCCACUGUGUCUCAAGGUGGUUGGGGAUACUGGGGCAGCUGGGGCAAGUCCAUCUUAUCCACAGCAACAGCUACCGUGGCCACUGUGGGCCAAGGCCUCACGCAGGCCAUCGAGAAGGCAGAGACGUCGCUGGGAAUCCCCAGUCCGACCGAGCUGUCGGCACAAGUGGACGAGGAGCAGAAAGACCACGGCGGAUCCAGCAUGGAGGCGGACAGGGCGGCGGCGGGGGGCGCGAUGGGAAUGCUGUCGUCGCUCAGCAACGUCGUGCAGAGCACAGGGAAGUCGGUGAUAUCGGGCGGUCUGGAUGCUCUGGAGUUCAUCGGGAAGAAGACGAUGGACGUGAUAGCAGAAGGCGAUCCCGGCUUCAAGAAGACCAAAGGACUGAUGGGCAGGAACUCCACCCUGUCUCAGGCGUUGAGGGAGGCGAAGGAGCGAGAGGCGCUGCAGGCGGCGGAGAAAGAGUUCUCCGAUUCCGAGAAGAAAGUGGCCGCUCACUACGGGAUGCUGUUCGAUGAGUUUCAGGGUCUGUCGCACCUCGAGGCGCUGGAGAUUCUGUCUCGAGAGAGCGAGUCUAAGGUGAAGUCGGUGCUGACCACUCUAUCAGGGGACGAGGUGGUCCAGCUCAGAGAGGAGCUGGAUCUCAUCAAGGACUCCUUCUCCCUGGUGGAGUUUGACGAGGAGGACAUGGACGAGAAGAAAGACAAAGACGGCUCUGAGUUUGAGAAGGAGUUGGUGGAGACGUUGGAAGGUCUCAGUGUGACGACCACUGUGGACAAACUCAGCAAGGCGUGCAAGAGCACCUGCAGCCAGAUCACUGACAUGAGCAGAGAGGAGGAGGAGGAGGAGGAGGCGGAGGAGGAAGAUGUGAAGAAAGCCCCGUCUGUGGAGGAGGUUCAUGCCGCGGCCAUCCGGAGUCUGGCGGAGCUGACGGCUCGAUCCAUCGAGCUCUUCCACAAACUGGCUGAGAUGAUCCUCUCCUCUGGCGGCGGCGUGCAGGCCGGCGUCCUGUCGCAAUUAACUGUGGUCCUCUGCAAAGAGCUCUCGCUGCUUUCCAAGAAGUUCACCUCCUGCCUGACGACCGCAGGCUCCAACGAGAAGGGAGACGUCCUCAACCCGCUGAUAACCGGGGUCUUCUUAGAGGCGUCCAACAGCGCGUCCUACGUCCAGGAUGCUUUCCAGCUGCUGUUGCCCAUACUGGAGAUCGUCCACAUCCAGAGGAGGGACCAAUCCACGGAGCAGUGACCGGCUGAGGCGUUGCCAUGACGCCGGGACUCCCUGGGUGCAAAGGACCGGCCCAUCUUCAAGAGGACGAUGUCGCGCUCUACUUUGUCUGGUGUUCGGCUCAGGAGAGAGAAUCGAUUUCACACUUGGGAAGAAAAGUUUUUGUCAAACAGUGUUAACUUUUGUCGCGGUUUGAUUAUUAUAAUCACGCUCAGUAGAUGAACUCGUGUAUUGAAGAGUUGUGGAUUCACCAGCUGAGGCAACCAAUGUGUAUAAAACCGAGAGUCCAUUAUUCUUCCUUUUUAUUCUAACAUUUACAUCUUUUCUGUCCGUCAGCAUGAGGUAAUCUCAACUUAAACAUUUCUUUAUUCAGCCCCAGUGAACCCUUUAGCAGAGGUAAUUAAAUAAACUAAAGGCGUGUCACACUAUACAGACGCUAUGUUAAUAAUGUAGUUAUUUAGCAGGGAAUUGGUCAUUAACGCAUCUCUCUCCCAUUGUAACUCUCCGGUGUACAGAUUAUUGUUCUUCUGGUCUUAGUUUCGUCCUCGUGAGCAGCCUGACUGACUGUGAGUCCUCAAUUGUUUUGUACAACACCAUCAGCUUUAAAAAAGUGUGUCCUGUCCUCACACGUUUCACAGGCUCGACCUUUUUCUAUCGACCUGCCGGCACCUUUUUUGUCACUUUCGCCGCUGACUCUUGACUCUUUAUUUUAGAAGUAAAACUGAUUACUGUUGUUUUGCUGAGGGACGAGUCUCUGGUUGUGACCUCAGAGUAACGACACUACAAACAUCGGGAGCUUUUUGGCCACACCGUUUCUAUUCUUGGCAUCAAGGUGGUUUAUCUCGCCACAGCUUCAAAGACCAGUUAGAGAAAUGUGCAAACACACGUUGGAGCUUUCGCUCUUUAUAUAUUAUCGUCAGCUUCAUUAUUAAAUUGGACUUCAGGGGUUUAUUAACUAACGCAGGAGCGUCUCUCUGCCACGAGGAUUCUAACCGUUAUCUUUAGCUAACCAGCUUCAGAUACGUGACAGUGGACGGCUGACAGCUGUGUGUUCAAGCAAUGUACUUGACUGUACAUCAAGCACCUGAGAUGGUUUUCAAAUAAAUUGGCUAUUUUUA